CGCAGUGCUGCCGAGUCCGUAGGCCAGAGCGCCGCUUCUAGUUUGGGGAGAGACGCCGGGUGGAAGGUACGUGGUGUCGGGGGGCUGAGCCGAAGCGGGCUAUCGUUUGCCCGCGGCCAUGGAUUUGGAGGACGAUUAUUACCCGGACGGAGACGAUGAUGGUGGAGCAACGCCGGUACAGGAUGAACAUAAUUCAGACUCAGAUGAUCAGGAGGACUCAACUGAGCACCGUGCUGCAUCUGAAGCCAGCAGUGUGGAUCAUCAAUCUGAGGAUGAAAGCCUUAAAGAAGAUCAGAGUGACACAGAAGACAUUGACCGCCCCAGCCGGCCCCAAAGCAGGGAGGACAACCACAUUAGUAGUGAUUCCGAGAGUGAAGAACCGAAGAAAGCUCACAGCAUUGAGCAAUCAGAUGAUGAAGCAGGCAGUGAUAAGGAGAAUGAAGACAGCGGCGGAGAGUUAGAAGGGAGCCACGAAAGAAUGAAUGAUACAGACAGUGAAAAGGAUGUGAGAGUAUCACCAGAACAUAAUGAGAGCCGAGGAGUCAGUGAUGACGACGGCCCUGCACCUCACAGGGCAUCCAACAGCGAUAAUGAGCAGGACGAGGAAGAGAGGGAGGAGACUGUGAAGAGGAAGAAACCGGUUCUAUCUGAAAGUGACGAUGAGAAAGAAGAACUGAAUAAAUCUGCUAAGAAAAGUCGUCUGAUGUCAGACAGUGAGGACUCGGACAGUGAUGUUUCCCCCACUAAGAAAAAGCGUAGUGUUUCUGGUGGGGAGGAAUCGGAUAGCGAUGCCAGUGAUUUAAAGAGAAAACGAGCAGCCUCGGGUGGCGAGGAUUCAGAUAAUGAACCUGACAUUGUUACAGCAAAGCGCAUUGUUUCAGACGAUGAUUCAGACGAUGAUGCUGAUGUGUCGAGAACCAAGCGUAUAGUCUCUGAUGUUGAUGAUUCAGACAGCGACUCCAAUGCCCAUGCAAAAAAGCAGAUUGUUUCUGACGCUGAGGAUUCUGAUAAUAACACAGCUAUUAGGAAAAAGCAAGCCUUUUCCAAUAAUGAUGAUUCAGAGAGUGACACCACACCUAAGAAAAAGCGCGUUGUAUCAGAGGAUGAUGACUCCAACUCAGACAGUGAUGCCCCUGCUAAGAAAAAACAUAUUCUUUCUGCUGGCGAAGAUUCCGACAGUGAUGCUGAACCAGAAAAACGAGAGUCUAAUGGUGUUUUAACUGACAGUGAUGAAGAUGAGGAGAAUAAGGAACCCUCUCAAAAAGCUGAAUCUGGUCUGUUUGGCAGUGACAGCGACUCUGAGGAUGAGACUGGUGUUGGAAACUUGAUAGCUGACAUUUUUGGUGAAUCGGAUGAUGAAGGGGAAGAGUUUACAGGCUUUAACCAAGAGGACCUUGAUGGUGAAAAGGCUGCUGUCGAGACUGAGAGACAGAAAAUGGUUGCUGAAGAGUCAGACUCUGACAAUGAAGUUCGAGGGAAGGGACGAGACUCUGAUUUUGUGUCUGAUUUUGAGAUGAUGCUGCAGAAGAAGAAAGAUCAGAAUCGGAAACGACGACGAAAUCGGGAUGGCGGCACUUUCAUUAGUGAUGCGGACGACGUAGUUAGUGCCAUGAUCACUAAAAUGAAUGAAGCUGCAGAGGAAGACAGACAGCUCAAUGGGCAGAAGAAGCCAGCCUUGAAGAAGCUUACUCUUCUCCCCACCGUUGUCAUGCAUUUGAAAAAACAGGAUUUAAAGGAAACAUUUAUUGACAGUGGGGUCAUGUCUGCUAUCAAGGAAUGGCUCACUCCAUUGCCUGACAAGAGUCUGCCACAUCUGAAGAUUCGUGAGGAGCUUCUGAAGAUCCUGCAGGAGGUAAAUGAGGGCAUAUAGCUGUGUACCAGAAGA